AUGACUCCACCCCCAGACUGGACCACGUACACCGGCUCCUCGCUGAUCUCCAUCGGCACCCACAGGCUACACAUCCACCUCAGCGGCCAGCGACACAACCCCAAAGACCCACUCGUGAUCAUCCUCACCGGCGCCGGAGACGUGGCAUCCUCCCACGUCGCCGUGGAGCCCCCUCCGGUGAGCGCCGCGCAAGACCUCCACAGCCUACUCCAGCGCAUCGGGCUCGCCCCGCCACUGGUCCUGGUGGCGCAUUCGUACGGCGGCAUCGUGGCCCGCGAGUACCUGCACGCCUAUCCCGAGGAUGUGGCGGGGAUGGUACUGAGCGAGGCCGCGACGGAGCGAACGUGUGAUUACUUCCGGGUCCCGGAUCCGGAUAUCACGGCUGUCGUGGGGGAGCUGCGCUGGGCGACGGUGACCGGGUUGCGGGACCAGUCGGUCCUCUCGAGAGAGCAGUGGCGGCAGCGGGCGAUUGAUAUCUCGCGCGGCGCCGGGGGUGCCGCGCUGCAGGAGACGAGUUCGUUGGUGGAGGUUUGUCAGACGCUGGCGGAGAAGAACCAGUUUCAGCGGAGGGCCAUGGGGUCCCGGCCGCUGGGUGUGAUUCGGUGUAAUAGCGCCAGCGAGUACGAACGGGUCUAUGCUACGGGUGUGGCAAUGGGUAAUGGGACUCCCGAGCAGCAGGGCGCGUUUCGGGAUCUACUGGAUCGGUGGGAGGGCAUUGAUCAGGAGCUGACGGAGGAACAGCUGCGGCUGUCAUCGCGUACGCAUCUGGUGCGUAUCCCCGACUGUGGACACAAUGUCCACCUCGUGCGUCCGGAUGUGGUAGCGGCGGAGAUCCGGUGGGUGCUGGAUCGGUUAGGGACCUGA